AGUCAGAGAAACGACGCCGCCCGUAACGGCCGUGAGCACGGCGCGGCUGGUGACGAUUUUGAAAAUCGAUGUACGAUCCGUUUUCGCAGUUUUCACAUUAAUCUCUAAGGAUCAACCUCUUGUCGCGUUUAUCGGCGGAGUGCAGUGCCGCUAGUGAUGUGAGGAUGCUAGUGCAUUGCCAUGUCGAGCGUGGCGAAGAAAGAUAAACCGACGAUGUCGGUGACGGCGCUGAUCAACUGGGCGAGGCCGCCGCCGCCGGGCCCGCAGCAGCCGCCACCGGCGACACCAGUGCCCGCGUCAUCCAUUCUACAGUCGCUCGACAUGCCCUCCAUACCAAACGUCGACUGCCCUAUGGAUCUGCAAUGGUUGGGCGUGGACGGCAAUUUCAUGUCGCCGAUGUCCCCACCGGAGAUGAAGCCGGACACGGCGUUAUUGGACGUGAUCCGAGAUGACGCCACUUCUCCCCUGGCAUUUAAAAACUAUCCCCCAAAUCAUCCGCUCAGUGGCUCCAAACAUCUGUGCUCGAUAUGUGGGGACAGGGCGUCAGGGAAACAUUAUGGAGUAUAUAGUUGCGAAGGUUGCAAGGGUUUCUUCAAGAGGACAGUACGAAAGGACUUGACUUAUGCGUGUCGAGAAGAAAGGAAUUGUAUCAUAGACAAAAGGCAGAGGAAUCGGUGCCAGUACUGCCGAUACCAGAAAUGCCUCGCGUGUGGCAUGAAGCGGGAGGCUGUCCAGGAGGAGAGGAACCGGGCGACGAGAGGUACCGAAGACGCCCAUCCAAGCAGUUCAGUUCAGGAACUGUCGAUCGAGAGACUACUUGAAAUGGAAUCGAUAGUGGCAGACACGAGCGAGGAGUGCCAGUUCCUUCGGGUUGGCCCUGAUAGUAAUGUGCCGCCCAAAUUCCGCGCCCCGGUCUCCAGCCUUUGUCAGAUAGGUAACAAGCAAAUAGCAGCGCUGGUGAUGUGGGCGCGUGACAUUCCACAUUUCGGACAGUUGGAGCUUGAAGACCAGGUGCUUCUUAUCAAAAGUGCCUGGAACGAGUUGCUUCUGUUUGCUAUCGCGUGGCGGUCUAUGGAGUUUUUAAAUGACGAACGUGAAAAUAUGGAUGCUUCACGCAACGCACCACCGCCCCAACUUAUGUGCCUGAUGCCAGGCAUGACGCUUCAUCGCAACUCUGCGUUGCAGGCUGGUGUCUGUCAGAUAUUUGACCGUAUACUAUCGGAGCUAUCGCUUAAGAUGCGCCAUCUGCGAAUGGACCAGGCCGAGUACGUCGCACUUAAGGCCAUUAUCUUGCUCAAUCCAGAUGUGAAGGGCCUCAUCAACCGCCAGGAAGUUGAAGUUCUUCGCGAAAAGAUGUACUCGUGUCUGGACGAAUAUUGCCGGAGGUCACGCGGCACGGAGGAGGGCAGGUUCGCUUCCUUGUUGCUGCGUCUGCCGGCACUGCGAUCCAUAUCACUCAAAAGUUUCGAGCAUCUGUUCUUGUUCCACAUACUGGCGGACUCCAGCAUCGCCACUUACAUACGCGACGUUUUGAGACACCACGCGCCGCCCAUAGAUGGCGCCGCACUUGUAUAGGAUAUCGCCGUCGUUACGUGCACGUAGUACACUCGUCGACCGACAGAUGGCGUCGCAGUAGUGUAGGACAACGUCGCCAACACAUGUACGUAAAUAUACUCUGCGGCUGAUAGAUGGCGCCGUACUAGCUAUAGGACAUCUCCGACGUCACGUGUACGUAAUAAAAUCGGCCAUAAACGGAUUGGAGAUUACAUUAUAGUUUAUCUGGAAUAUUGAGAUCUUUUGUAAGUGAAAAGGGAAAGUAUGGCACUAGUAUUAAAAAAUGUCCUUAUUAUUAACACCGCUUACUUACACGUCUAUGAUAAAAUAUGCAUUGCACUUGAGCAAGUGAAACAAAGAAAUUAGAUGAAGAUUAUUUUAGAUUGAGAACUAUUUAAAGGUAAUUAUUUACCAUCGAUGGUGACUACUAAUUUCCACUUGCCAUUUACAGAAGGCCAGUACCGCUCUUCCCUUUUCAUUUUAAACAAAGUCAGCAUCUCGUGAUCUUCGGAGGAACAAAGUUAAUGUAAUUGUUAAUCUGAUUUAUAUUUUGCCCAUCUCCGAGUACAGUCACAUCUAUAAAUGUUAUAUUAAAUUAUAUUACCAAUGUUAAGAUGCAGUCGAGGUGUACAAAUUAUUCCGUUAUGUUCAAAGUAAUCACAAAUACUCAGAAUGUGUUGCUUGAAAUAAAAGAGGUCAUCGAUUUGAAAGCUUUAACAUAAGCAUAUAUAUUUGAUUACUUUGAUUUUGUCAUACAUUGAUUCUUGGGUCGCUACAGAACAUUCGCCGUGGAAUUGCUAUAUAACAAGAGUAUCAACUUAGAUUAUAAUUGAAUUAUUAAGACUUACAGCAUAACAAUAUAUAAAAGUCUUUCUCUAUGAAAUUUAUAAUCUUGUAAGGCUAAAAUCACGUCAAUAUAAAGUAAUUUUAACUAAGCUUAAGUUCUAUAGUAGCUUACGAAUCAUUUUCUUUGACUAUGUCUAUACAUUUUUGACAGUAGGUCAGUUUUUUUGCACACAAAAUAAUGCGUUAACUAGGGCUCUCUUAAAAUAUCUUAUGAAAUGUUGCCACGACGCGUUGUGGUCGAAUGGCAUGAUAGUAACGGUACAAAUUCUUAGAUAUGGCCGUGUGAAAGAAAUCGGAAGUUUAAUCUAGGACACAGUGACGACAAUGCGUUGUGAACCGUAUUACCAUUGUCACAAAAACUAUUAUCAAAUGUAAAUCAAAUUUGCAUCGAGCACGUUUCCGUAGUCAAACUUCGGUAUUGAUACAGCGCCAUCUACCUCCAAUUACAUUUCCAAUAAGAAAAUGACAUUUAUACUCGUUACUAAUUUCGAUUCACACUAGAUGAUUUUUUGUGUUUAUUUUUUAAUAUUUGGAGCUUGAUAUACAUUUAUAUGUGACUGUACAAUAUUAACCUUAAAAUUUUAUGAUUUUCGACCUGUUAUAUCUCUGCCUAUGAGAUAAUGGGAUAUUAAUCGACAGUGAAACAGAAAUAAACGCAUAUACACUGUCUUUUCGUAUAUCUUUGACAGACUGUUGAACCUUUGCGUACGCGUAAUUAAAGUGCAACACAUUAGUGUUCACAUUAAUUAUGACUUCACUUUAUCUUUAUGGAAAGAGUCCGAUUGUCAUUCCAACGCAAUAUGCAUAUUACUACU